AUGCCUGAGCCGUUCAAGGUGUUGGUCUUCAGUAAGACCCUGGGCUAUCGCCACGAGUCUAUCGAGGCGGGCAUCCUCAGCUUCCAAAAACUGGCCGAGCAGUCGACUGGCUCCGACCAUCCCUUUACCGUCGAGGCAUCGGAAGACGCCGAGGCGACGUUUACGCCCGAGAUCCUCGCGCGCUUCCGCGUCAUCGUCCUGCUGCACGCGUCCGGUAACUUUUUGACGUCCGAGCAGCUGGCCGUCCUCGAACGCCAGGUCUCGUCCGGCGACAGCGGCAUCGUGGGCAUCCACGGGGCCUCCAGCGCCAUGCUGUCCCGCGAGGUCGACCCGGCCGGCUACUAUGGCCGUCUGCUCGGCGCCGUCUUCACCGAGCAUCCUGCCCCUCAGCUGGGCCGUGUCGUCAUCAAGGCGCCGCAGCAUCCCAUCGUGCAGCCCCUUUUGAAGGUCGUGUCGGCGCCGUCCGACGCCAGCCUUUCCGGGCCGUCCUUUUCGCGCUUCGACGAGUGGUACAACUUCGAGCCGACAUCGUGCGCCGUUGUGGCCGCGCAACAGACGCCGACAACGCCAACGACGGAAUCCCAAGACGCGACGAACAUCCUGCUGGUGGCUGACGAGACGACGUACGAAGGCGGCAAGCACGGCGAACACCACCCGAUUGCAUGGACGUGGCCCGAUUUUGAAGGCACCGGCACGCGCGUCUACUACACGGCGCUGGGGCACUUCGCCGAGGCGUACGAGGACGAGGUCUUUGUGUCGCAUCUGAAGACGGCCGUGCUGUGGGCCGCAAAAUUGGUGUAA